GCGACAGCUCGAGCGGGAGGCGGUUUGUCUUGGUCGGUAAAUUACUUACAUUUGCGUCUCCCUGCAGCGGUUUUUGGUUUUAAUCGGAUGAAUUAACAUGAUUCACGAGCUGCUACUGGCGCUAAGCGGGUACCCGGGUGCGAUCUUUACAUGGAGCAAAGCAACAGGUCUGCAGGUGUCCCAGGACCUGCCCUUCCUGCAUCCCAGUGAGAGCAGCGUCCUCAACCGGAUCUGUAAACUGGGCUCGGACUACAUACGCUUUACAGAGUUCAUAGAGCAGCACACUGGCCAUGUUCACCAGCAAGAGCACCACACGAACCAGCCCAACCAGACGGGGCUUCAUGGAAGUUACCUGCGGGCGUUUUGCACCGGGCUAGACUCGAUGCUGCAGACGUACAGACAGGCGCUGCUGGACCUCGAGCAAGAGUUCCUGGGAGAUCCACAUCUGACUAUAUCCCAUGUGAAUUACAAGCUUGAUCAGUUUCAGCUGCUGUUUCCCUCCGUCAUGGUCGUGGUCGAGACUAUAAAAUCUCAGAAGAUCCACGGCUGUCAGAUCCUGGAGACGGUGUACAAGCACAGCUGCGGGGGGCUUCCUCCCGUACGCAUGGCCUUGGACAAGAUUCUGGCUGUGUGUCACGGUGUUAUGUACAAGCAGCUGGCAGCCUGGAUGCUGCACGGAUUGCUGUUGGACCAAAGCGAGGAGUUCUUCGUGAAGCAGGGUCCCAGCGCCGGAGGAGCGGCGGCCAACCAGGAGGAGGAGGACGACGACCUGGUUCUGGGAGGGCUGAGUGGGAAACAGCUGAGAGAGUUGCAGGACCUGAGGCUGAUUGAGGAGGAGAACAUGCUGGCUCCAUCUCUCCAGCAGUUUUCUCUGCGGACAGAGAUGCUGCCAUCCUACAUUCCCAUCCGAGUAGCUGAGAAGAUCCUCUUUGUGGGAGAGUCUGUUCAGAUGUUUGAAAACCACAACCACAGUCCAUCUAGAGCUGGAUCCAUCCUGAAGCACCAGGAGGACAUCUUUGCUGGGGAGCUGCACAAACUCAAGCAGCAGCCUCUUUUCAGCUUGGUGGACUUUGAAAACUUAAUCGAUCGCAUCAGGAGCACGGUGGCAGAGCAUCUGUGGACGUUGAUGGUGGACGAGGCCGACCUUCUCGAGCAGCUCAAGAUCGUUAAGGACUUCUACCUGUUGGGUCGUGGGGAGCUCUACCAGGUUUUCAUUGACCUGGCGCAGCACAUGCUGAAGGCGCCUCCAACAGCCGUCACUGAGCACGAUGUCAACGUGGCCUUCCAGCAGGCGGCUCAUAAAGUGCUGCUGGAUGACGACAACCUGCUGCCCCUCCUGCACCUCACCGUCGACUACCAGGGCAAAGACGGCAAAGAGGCCUCAGGCCCCAGAGACGGAGCCACUCCUCCUCAGGAAACGUCUCCCCGGGAGGUUCCUCCUACGGGCUGGGCGGCUCUGGGCCUCACCUACAAGGUUCAGUGGCCGCUGCACAUCCUCUUCACUCCCGCCGUCCUGGAGAAGUACAACGUGGUGUUCCGGUACCUGCUGAGUGUGCGGCGGGUGCAGUCGCAGCUGCAGCACUGCUGGGCUCUGCAGAUGCAGAGGAAGCACCUCAAACCCAGCCAGACGGAUGCUGUCAAGUGCCAACUCCGUAACCACAUGGCUUUCUUGAUCGACAACCUGCAGUACUACCUGCAGGUGGACGUGCUGGAGUCUCAGUUCUCUCAGCUGCUUCAGCAUAUCCACUCCACCAGAGACUUUGAGAGCAUCCGACUGGCCCACGACCAUUUCCUCAGCAACCUGCUGGCCCAGUCCUUCAUCCUCCUGAAGCCGGUGUUCCACUGCCUGAAUGAGAUCCUGGAGCUGUGUCAGAGCUUCUGCUCCCUGGUCAGUCAGAGCGUCGCGUCGCUGGACGACAGAGGAAGCGCUCAGCUGGACCUGCUGGUCAAGGGCUUCAAACGCCAGUCGUUCCUCCUGUUCAAAAUCCUGUCGAGCGUGAGGAACCAUCAGAUCAACUCUGAUCUGGCUCAGCUGUUGCUGCGGCUGGACUACAACAAAUACUACACGCAGGCCGGGGGCACGCUGGGCGGCGUUUAAGAAGAGAAGGGAUGAAGAUGUGUUCAUCAGCCCCAAACUCGGACCGGAGGAAGCCUCCGUUUCAACUGUUGCUUUCACCGACAUCAUGCAUGUCAACGAAAAGUAUCUUUAGAGCUGAAACACCCAAACUGCAAAAAAUACCCUCCAGAGGGAUUCAGUCUGUGUUCAGAUGGAAUGAUCAAACCUUCUGCUGCUUUUUGCUUUAAAAAAUAAUUGAAAAAACAGAGUUCCCAACUUUACUAGGACCGUUUUAAGUCAGGUCUGUGAGUUAAUAUUGGACAUUUUUAUGGGAGGCAGCGCAUGUUAGAGUGGAACCUCAUAGUUGAUUAAGGGAGCAGUUUGGGAUGUUUGCUUUUUUGUGAGAUAUAACAGAACAAUCAACAGUUUUUAGACGAGAGUUGGAGAUUAAUGGAAACAGCAGGAUCUGAGGAACCUCCUGAAGAGCUGUGUCCAUGCAGCUGUUCGGAAACGUUGAAAUGGACUUGAUCUGACAAACACAAUGUGUUUUGUGUGUCAUUAGCUGGUUGGAUACUCUGUACUGCUUAGUGUUGCCAGCAGGGGGCAGUAUUGGGAAUGUUACACGACUGUGGAAACUCAAUGAUGGAAAACAGUGAUCCAGGAAUUGUGGUUGUUACAUUUUGAAGAGAUAUUGAUUUUUUUUUUUUUUUUUUUGUAAACUUCUUCUAGAAAAGAUGACCGUUUAAAAGCAGAUUGUGGCGUUUUCUUCCUCCUAAUUCAAGCCAAGAGAUGUUGGCUCCUCCCAUCACCACAUGUGGUCCACAGGAAAAAAAAUCUGUUCAUCUUUUAGCAAAGCGGGAUGUAAUUUACAGGCGUUUUCUGUUGCGAGGGUUUUUGCAAAAAGAGAAAGUAACAAUAUGCUGCAAAGGUAGUCUGUAAAAGAACCAAAUCUAAACCAAAACCUUGGAAGUGAAAAGUGAUGCUUGUCGCUGCUUUGUGACACCGUCGUAACUUUUCAGCAAAACCUUAAGGAGACAAUACAGAAGGAUAAUAAAACGUAGGGGAGUCCCUCAAGGCUCUAUUGUGGGCCCUAUGACACUCGUUAGACGCUAAAUCAACUUGACUGUGGAUUGGAAACCUGGAUGAAGCUCAGCUUCAUAAAUCUGGACUGAUUUCCUCUUCUGUUAGUACUUUUGUCCCUUAAACUCCACAUAAUGGCCACAAAAUCUGUUUAUUUACGUGUUUGAUGCAGAAAUGUCGGGAGACCUUAUGAAUACCACUGAAGUUCAGUGUGUGUAUAUAUUUGUAGAGUGGGGGACUGAGUAUGAAGACAUUGACGGUGGAUAUUUAAUGUAUAAAGUGUAAAUAUUGAAUGUUAUCUUGGCUGUAGAGAAAAUAAAUAUG